AUGUUUCUUCCAUAUUGUUACGUAUUAUUUUUUAUUUCGUUUCCAACCGGUUCCAUCUGAAACCGUGACAAUAUCUGCAAUUUUGCACUUUUUCUUAUCUUAUCUUUUCCUCCUUCCCUCAUCAAAAAUUUUCUUUCUUUUUCCAGUACUGGGCUGCUUGUUGAGAGUCGUCUGUACGUGCCGAACCACUCGCACCGAACACGUACGUCUCUUCUGAAUGUUCCGAAGCUCAUCCACAAUCCCUUGAUUUCAGAACAAUGGAGAAGAAGGUCGACGAGAACGCGACGUUGAUGAAUGGCGUGGAUCCAGCGGGGCAGCCUGCUGAAGAGCCAGAAACUUUCCUUCAGUUCGUCUACAACCGGAAGAAGGGAACGGUGUUGGGACGGAACGCAAAGUCGUGGUUCCAGGUGAAUAUCCUUCUUCCGCACUAUCCCAACAUUUCCACCUUCAGAUCACCGUCUUCUACAUCAUCUUCUACGCGCUUCUCGCCGCCUUCUGGCUCUCGUGUCUCGCGCUCUUCAUGAAGACGCUGGACCCGAAAGUGCCGCGAUUCUACGGAAAGGGAACGAUCAUCGGAGUGAAUCCGGGAGUCGGAUACCAGCCGUGGCUCAAGGAGAGACCAGAUUCCACCCUCAUCCAGUUCAAUAUCAAGGAUCCGUCGAGCUACAAGCCAUACGUCGAGCAGAUGAAGACCUACCUGAACAAGUACGAGAACUCGAACGCCACUGAAAACCGCGACUGUGGAGCCGGAGACAACAACGACGUUCUCGAAAAGGAUCCGGUAAGUGGAGUGUUUCCAUACUUUUAUUUCUUGAACUGAUUCUUGUUAGGAAGCCCUGCCGUGCCGUUUCGACCUCUCCGUGUUCGACAAGGGAUGCAGCGAGAAGAGCGACUUCGGAUUCAAGACUGGAAAGCCGUGCGUUGUGAUUUCACUCAACCGACUCAUCGGAUGGCGUCCAACUGACUUCCCAGACGGUUCGGUUCCGGAAGAGGUCAAGGACCGUUACAAGCGCGGAUCGAUCGCGAUCAACUGUCGCGGAGCCACCAACGUCGACCAGGAGCACCUCGGAAAGAUCAACUACAUGCCACCGAACGGAAUAGACGGACGCUACUACCCAUAUGUCUUCACCAAGGUUCGUGAUUUUCAGAAGAAUUCUGAAAUUUUUAGAGGAGAAAAAUCAUGCUAUGUAUUAGUAUGUUUAGAGACCGUUUUUACGAGAGUGUCGCAAGCUUUUACGGGCUGUAAAACGGUGAUGCUCUUGUGUUGCAAAACGGCGGAAAUGAAAUGGAAUUGAAUUGGCCGACGAAUUGUUACAGCGGGCUGAAAAUAGAUUGAUUGGCAACCAGUUCCGUGACUUUCAGGGAUACCAACAGCCGAUCGCUAUGGUCAAGAUGGAGACGCUGCCACGCAACAAGCUGGUGAUUGUGGAGUGCCGUGCCUACGCCCUCAACAUCGAGCACGACAUCACCUCUCGCCUCGGAAUGGUUUACUUCGAAGUGAUGGUCGAGGACAAGCCCGUCGAGAAGAAAGAGUUGUAA